AUGCCUCGGGGCCAGAAGAGCAAGGUCCGUGCCCGGGAGAAACGCCACCAGGGCCGCGGUGAGGCUCAGAGUCUCGGGGGUGCUCCUGCUGCGGCGGCGGUAGCAGCCGCCGCCGCCGCCGCAGCAGAGGAGCCCCCCCGCUCCCCCCCGCCCGGCGUGGGGGCGAUGCCCCCGGGCUCCCCCGAGGCGGGUCCGCCCCCGCAGCCCCAGGGCGCCCCGGCCCCUGGGUCUCCUGGCGCCCGGGCCCCUGGGUCUCCUGGCGCCCCGGCCCCUGGGUCUCCUGGCGCCCCGGCCCCUGGGUCUCCUGGCGCGGACCCUCCAGGCCCGCCACGUGACCAGGGCGCCCAGAACGCGGCGGCCGCCGCCGCCCCGGCCCCCCGGGCCGCCCGCAAGGACCCCCUCACCCGCAAGGCCAGCGUGCUGGUGCAGUUCCUGCUGGAGAAGCACGGCACCGGGGAGCCCGUCACGCGGGCCGCGCUGCUGAAGAUGGUCAGCAGGAAGUACCGCGAGCACUUCCCCGAGAUCUUCAGGCUCACCUCGGAGCGCAUGGAGCUGGUCUUCGGGCUCGAGCUCAGGGAGGUCGAUUCCCGCAGCCAGUCCUACACCCUGGUCAGCAAGCUGUCCCUCCCGGGCGACGGCAACAAGGGGCUGCCCAAGACCGGCCUCCUGAUGGCGCUCCUGGGCGUGAUCUUCAUGAAGGGCAACCGCGCCACCGAGGAGGAGGUCUGGGAGUUCCUCAACGUGCUGGGCGUCCAGGACGGCAGGAGCCACCUGAUCUUCGGCGAGCCCCGGAAGCUCAUCACCCAAGACCUGGUGCACCAGGGCUACCUGGAGUACCGCGCGGUGCCCGCCAGCGACCCUCCGCGCCACGAGUUCCUGUGGGGCCCGCGCGCCCGCGCGGAGACCAGCAAGAUGCAGGUGCUGCAGGUCCUGGCCAAGAUCAACGACACCGUGCCCAGCUGCUUCCCCGAGCUGUACGAGGAGGCGCUGCAAGAGCAGAAGGAGCGCGCGGCGGCCCGUGGCUGGCGCCGCGUCUAG